AUGGCCGAUCCAUAUCAACAGUAUACAAACCCACACCCGCAGUACAUGCAGCAGCCAGCCCCGCCUCCCCCCCCUCUUCCUGCGGAAAGCGAGGCAGCGUACUACGCACCGCCCGAUAGUCUCUACCAGAAUCCUCCGUAUGACUACGAGACGCAGUACUCGUAUGGCCAACAUGUCCCGCCAGAUCAUGGAUCGAACUAUGAUGUGAGCCAGAUGCCGAGAUAUCAGCCUCCGAUACCGCCACCGGCGCAGAGCCAGAGCGAUAACUUUUUGAGUCCUGCGUCGGCGGCGGAGUAUCAUCCGCAAGAGUAUUAUGAUUCGGGGCGACUGAGUCCGAAUUAUGAGGCUGUGGCUGUGGGGAAGAUGGGGAGUAAUGCGGAUUAUUACAAUCGACACCCAGCUGAGAACCUUAGCGGGAACAGUCCACACCCAUCCCAGCGAUCAGACCUCCCAGAAGGUCCCGGAGGCGAAAAAGACGGCGGCGCAGAUGGCAGCGGCGACGAGCGCAGCGUGGGUGGGGCCCUGGUAGGCGGCGCUACGGGAUACUAUCUGGGACAUAAAAAGGGUCAUGGGCUGCUGGGGGCUGUGGGUGGUGCGUUGCUGGGGAAUUUCAUUGGUGAUCGCUUGGAGGGGGAUGAUGGGAAGGGGGAGCAUCAUGGGGGCCGGCAUGGGCAUGGACAUGGACAUGGACAUCGGCAUGGGAGACGGCGCCAUCAUCAUCAUCAUGGUCAUCAUGGUCACAGUCAUGGUCAUAGUCAUAGCCAUAGCCAUAGUCAUAGUCAUCAUCGGAGCCGGUCGAGGCAUGAUACUAGUAGUACUAGUUAUAGUGGGAGUUCUUGAUCGUGGGUGGUUUGUUGAGUUUGUUGUUUUGUCAUAGGUUUGUUGCCUUGCUUUGUGCUUUGCUGGUUAUUAGAGGGGCGUUUGAAGAAGAUGCUGUUUUCAAGAUUGAUGAUUCUGAU